AUGUUAAUCCUGAGAGGUUGCACGUGGCUACACGCGCCGCCUUUUCGCUCUCGACCGCCUUCUCGAGUCCGUUGCUCUUAUGUUCCGAUGGCCACCUCCGUCCGAAUCGCAAUUGUCGGCGACAUCCAUAACGAUUGGAAUCUAGAAGAGGAUACCAAGGCUCUGCAACUGUUGAAGCCAGAUCUAGUGUUGUUCACAGGUGAUUUUGGUAAUGAGAAUGUUGAUAUAGUUCGGAGCGUUUCAAAUCUUGAUUUUGCGACAGCAGUCAUUUUGGGGAACCAUGAUGCCUGGAAGACCCGGAAGUUCGCCCCAAAAGACUCACUGGUCGUCUAUUGGCUACCUAUUAGAAUCUGCUGCGAACUGGAUUCAGUACCAGUCAUUUUGGGGAACCAUGAUGCCUGGAAGACCCGGAAGUUCGCCCCAAAGGAAAAGGAUGCUGUUCAACUGCAGCUUGAAUAUCUUGGUGAAGCGCAUGUUGGCUAUCGGCGGCUGGAUUUUCCAAAUUUCAAAUUGAGUAUAGUUGGUGGACGGCCAUUCUCAUGUGGUGAUCAUUCGGUUAUAUUUCUUGCUCAUAAUGGGCCUACAGGUCUGGGCUCCAACGUGGAUGAUAUCUGUGGAAGAGAUUGGGUUCCUGAAGGUGGUGACCAUGGAGAUCCUGAUUUGGCAGUUGCGUUAUCCCAGCUAAAAGCGAGCACCAAAUUGCCAAUCAAGUUAGUAGUGUUUGGUCACAUGCAUAAAGAGUUGGCAUAUGGAAAAGGUGUUCGGAAAAUGAUAGUAGUUGGGGAUGACAGCACAGUGUAUCUCAAUGGGGCAGUUGUUCCUAGGAUUAAAACAAUUAGCAAUGAAGAGCAAGUAAGCCAUAUAAGUAGCGAAAUGAGCUCAGCCAUAGCAUCAGAUUUCAAAGGCACCUUGCGGUCGUUCACCAUAGCUGACAUAGUCGAUGGGAAUUUGGAGAAAGUUUCUGAAACUUGGGUUUUAGUUAUCAAGGACAUGGUCAAAAUAGAAAAUGAGGUCAUAUUAUUUAACAAGGCAGCCAAGAUGUGA